UAAUCCUUUCCCUCUACUAUCGAUCUUUUUUCCACGUCGGUCGCGGCUUUUUCAGUGCUUUGACUGGUUGACUCCCCGCCUCCUCUUCCCUCCGCCGUCUGAUCGCCCUCAGAGUCGACCGUUGCUGUGGGCCCCACCCCUCACCGCCGGACCCCGCCGCCGCCGUCGCCGUCGACUCCCCGCCGGCGUGCAACACAUCUACUCCACCAUGGCUCCCGCCCACUCCCACCGGCGUGGUGCGACGGAGGCGAACGAGCAGAUGAGGAGGAAGAAGGAGAAGGCGCUUCGAGAGAAGGAGGCCGGCGACGACGACUUCGACGAGGGCCGCUACAAGCGCGCCGUCGAGCACUACGCCCGCGCCGCCGCCCUCGACCCCGGCGACAUCUCCUUCCCGAUCAAGUGCGCCAAAUCCUACUUCCACAUGGACCAGUACGAGGAGUGCGUGAGGCGAUGCGACGAGGCGGUGGAGAGGGGAAGGGAGCUCCGCGCCAAGAAAUCGCUGGUGGCGCUGGCGCUGUUGUUGAAGGGGACAGCGCUGCUCAAUCUCGCCGACUGCGCUUCGGAUUGCAAGGCGGCGAUCAGGGCACUGAAGCAGUCGCUGGAUGAGCAUUAUCAUAAGGGGACAGAGGCUAUCCUGGACGAGGCGGAGAGCGCCAUGGAGGAGAUGGAGGAGCUGGAGAAGGAAGCUGCCAAGCACCACCGAGAAAAAGGCAAAGAACUUCUCAGUAAGAAAAAGUACAAGGAAGCAGCAAUCCAGUUUACUAAAGCCAUAAAAAGGAAUCCAUUGAAUCCCAGAAAUUUUAGCGACAGAGCUAAAUGCCGCAUCGAGCUAAAUGCAUUGGCUGAAGGGCUUGAAGAUGCAGAUAAAUGCAUUGAGGUAGAUCCUACUUUUUGGAAGGGAUAUUUUUGUAAAGGUGAAGUUCAGUUCUUGAUGCACAAUUAUGAAGAUGCUAUGACAACUUACCUAGACGGUUUGAAAUAUGGCCCCCAAAAAACAACAAUUUAUGAUGGAAUAAAGAGAUGUUUAGAACAAAUUAAAAUGGCUAAGGACCGUGAUGUCAGGGAUAAGGACUUGUGGGAGGCAUUCAAAAAAUCGAGUUCUAGCCAAGUCGAAAAACUUACGAUGCAGCGCGAUGUCGUCACUGUGGAGCUUAAGUCAGCCAAGGAGCGUAACGCUAAUCUAGAACUGCAACUCUCAGAACAGAUAGGCCGUAUUGAACGGCUUCUGUCGAUCCAAAACAGUGAACCUCCACAUUUCAUCUGUCCUAUAUCUCAGGAAGUCAUGAAUGAUCCUCACUUUGCAGCGGAUGGACACACCUAUGAAGCUGAGCAUAUCAGGAAAUGGCUCAACGAUGGACAUGACACAUCUCCAAUGACCAACGAGCGACUUCAACAUAAAAAACUCACUCCCAAUCACGCACUGCGCUCUGCUAUUCGGGAGUGGCACCAACACCGAAACAUGAGGCAUACUUCUCCGCGGCGCCAACAGCUUUUUUUGUGAAUUUGUGUGAAGCAAGUUGUAACUAUGAAAAUUUAGCCGCAGUUUUGAUCCUUGCUACAGAGAGAGUGCUUGCCGCGACAUGGCUAGAUCGCAAUCCACAUUUUGUAAAGAACCAUCAUUAAGAUUUAGUACUAAGUUAUGUGACAUCGUAUUUCAGAUAUUAUUCUUGUUAUAUGUA